UUAACGCUGGGUUACCACCCAAUAUUGCAGAAGAGGAAAAAGAAGAAGAAGAACAGGAAGACAGGAAGAGAGGAAACUAAAAAAAAAAAAACACACAAGAAGAAGAAUUUUGUUAAACCUCGUGAAGCGGGAAUUGACAGCUCACUACCAUGGACUGGGGCCAGACUGAGCUGCCAUCUCCGGUGGUUCGAGAUGACGAGGUGACGAUAGCUGCCCGCAGGAGGAAGAAGGUGGCCUUCCCAUCACCUGGUGGCGGCAGUCCUGUUUCCAUGGUAACACCAGCUCGCUCCCUGCCGAGGGCCACUCCUGCGUCACUGUUCAGGCAAGGAGUAACUCCCAGGGUUCCGGAUGUUUCCUCAAUUCUGCCUCCAGGAGGCCGAACCCCUCGAUACAUGCACACACCCAGAAAUAUACCCAGCAGUAUGAAUUUGGACGACAGUGACUGGACCAACAGCAUGUAUACCUCCCCUGUUUUGGGACUAGAGAACACCAGCUUCUUCACAGAUGGCAUGACCAAUCUUAGCUCAGCCUUACUGAAGGAAGAUGACCCAGGAGAGGCAGCGGCUGCCAGUCUUUUCCCAGAGUUUCUUGCGUCCUUCCUGAAACAUUCUUCCUCUCCGGUGUUUGACCUGCUGGAGGAUUACCAGACACUCUGCCAGGACAAGGUGGACGUGCUGCAGUCUGUGGUCCUCAGAGCGGGCCAGAACAGUAAAACGGCAGGAGUCCGCUGGCUGCUGCAGCAGGAGAGCUGUACCUGGAGGCUCAUCACCUCACUCUACAGGGAUCGGGUCCAGUUGGCGCUGGAAGAUGACAUCAUGACUGACAUUGUUGUUCCCAGCAAGAGUGAGAAGGACAUAGUGGAGCAGCUUUUUCAGCGGGAUGCUGUUGUACGACAGAGUCAGCUGGUUGUUGAUUGGCUGGAAAGCAUCGCUAAGGAUCAGAUUGGAGAUUUUUCCGAUAAUAUAGAAUACUACGCCAAAAACGUCUGCUGUGUCUUGUGUAUGGGCUUCACUGUUCCUCUGGUCACUGAGCUGGACCCAGACGCACCUCUUCGGCAGCAGCGCCCCCUGGCGGACCUGGACAGAGAAGACGAUGCCCGGCUGCUGAAGAACCUAUUCACCCUGAUCAGAGCAGGGAUGACAGAGGAGGCUCAGAGGCUGUGUAAACGUUGUGGUCAGGCCUGGAGAGCAGCAACUCUGGAAGGCUGGAAACUUUACCAUGAUCCCAACAUGACCUCAGGAAGCAUUAGGUUGCAGCCUGUUGAAGGAAACCCUCAGAGAGGAAUCUGGAAGGCCUGUUGCUGGAGGAUGGCUGAGGAGGAGCAGUUAAACCGAUUUGAGAGAGCCAUCUACGCCAGCCUGAGUGGAAACCUCAAACCGCUCCUGGCAGUGUGUGAAUCAUGGGAGGACUGUGUAUGGGCGUACUUCAGAGUGAUGGUCGACUCGCUGGUUGAAAAGGAGCUGAUGUCAUCGGGUAUGGCCAACCAGGAAGUGGAGGCACUGCCACGAGAAUACCUGGAGGCAAAUUGGACCAUGGAAAAGGUAUUUGAGGAGCUUCAAGCCAUAGAGUCAAAGAGGGUGUUGGUGGAGACAAGAGAGCAUUACCAUGUCAUCCAGAAGUUUGUCAUCCUGGGAGACCUGGAUGGUCUGUUGGAGGAGUUUUCUGAUUGGUUGACAGCCUCUAAGCCCCUCCCCUCUCACCUGCUGCGUUUCAUGGUUCACCUUCUGCUGUUUUUCCGCUCUCUGGGUUUAGCCCUGAAGGAGGAGGCAUGUGUGGAUGUGCUGAAGGCAUACAUCUCCCUUUUGAUUCAAGAUCAGCAGACCAACCUUGUAGCGAGCUAUGUUGGGCAGCUACCGGCUGAGCUUGCCACUGCUCAGUACGCAGCUUUUUUGGAGACCAUCACCCAGCCGGAGCUCCGUCCCCGCUGCCUGCAGCUCGGCACUGAUGCCGGUCUGGAUGUCGCUGCAAUAACCAAGCUGGUGGUGGAGACUGUGAGAGAGAGAGACGACGCUGAGUUUACACAUCACAGCCAGACGCUGGAGACUGGAACUACCAAGGAGGACCAAAGAAAGAUCAAUGUGAUCGAUUGGCUGCUGUUUGACCCCGCCCAUCGAGCUGAAGCCCUAAAGCAGUCCAACGCCAUCAUGAGGAAAUUUUUAGCCCUGCAGAAACAUGAUGCAGCCAAGGCGGUGUUCUCUAAAGUCCCAGAGGAUUCAGUGAAGGAGAUCUGCUACCAGUGGACGGGGCCUGAUCACACCACCUUACCUGCUGAGGACGAGAACGCCAUCAGAGAGCACCUGUGUAUUAGAGCCUACCUGGAAGCUCAUGAGGCCUUCACUGACUGGUUCAGCCACAGUAGUUCUGCCCCCCCGAAGCCUGCACCUGCCCCUGAGGCUAAAUUCACAGAGAGAGUAGCCAAUGAGAUGAGAGAAAAGGAGUACCAGGCUGACCUGUCUGCCUGGUCGUGCUGUCUGGACGUUCUGACUAAAGAUGUAAAGGAAAGAAUCUACAAUGUGCUGCUGUUCGUAGACGGAGGCUGGAUGGUCGACAACAGACAGGAUUCAGAGCAGGAUUCAGAGCGCAGCCACCAGAUGGCAGCGUUGCGCUCUCUGUGUCUGCCUCGCCUCAGCUUCUUACUGCUCAGCGUGCUGCAGAACUCCUCCAGGCACCAGGAGGCGCUGCGACUCGCUGACAUCAUCUCAUCUGACCAGCACCGUCUCUACCGGGUCUUCUCCAAAGAAGAGCUGAGAAGGUUUCUUCAGAAGCUGAGGGAGUCAUCACUCGCUUUGUUGGACCGAGGACUUGACCCACUGGGCUAUGAAUUACAGCCAUGAACACACAAAGAAAAUACACACAGCACCUUCUGAAUUAGUGUGUUUUUUUUUUUUUGGAUUGUGUUAAUCUUUUUGUAAAAUAAAAGCCUGUGUUUUCUGCAGCAGCUUACUGUAGGCUUUAUUUCAUCCUAAUAAAACUGUAAAGCUUU